CUCGCGCAAUCUCGCCUGAAAAUUAUAAAUCAGACACUCUCGCACUCCUCCCCCCUCCCCACCAUACAAACAAAAGCUUCGAUUUUUGGACUACUUCUUUAGAUUCUGAUUCGUGUUUUUAUCCAUUCAAGAAGUACUGACUUCAUAAGAUCCGGCACUGUCGUCAUUCUCCCGCCAUUCCAUCCAUACUGAAAAUUCCCUCCUUUUCGAUCUUCACGCAGGCAUGGGAUCCCUGGAGAACUGCUCCGACGAGCCCCUCACACCGGAAGGGCGCCUGUUCCUCCAGAAGGAGAUGAACCAGGUGAUCUAUUGCGCCAUUGGCAUGAAGCAACCCCUCGAUGUGGACGCCCUCAAGUUGGCGAUCCAGAGCUGCCCCAUGUAUACGCACCCCAGGUUCUGCAGCCUCUUGGUGCGGGACUCCGCAGGUCGAGAGCACUGGAGGAGGACCCGCGUGGAAAUUUACCGCCAUGUCGUCCCGGUCCACGGCCCCAUCGCCGAAGGCCUCUCUGACGAGGCAGCAGUCAACAAGUUCCUUGCCGACCUGUCCACCGACUCGCCGGGGCUCAUGGGGGACGACAAGCCCCUAUGGGACGUCCACCUCCUGAUGGCCCAUCAGUGCAUGGUGGUACGGAUUCACCAUGCACUUGGUGACGGGAUCUCGCUGAUUUCCUCGUUCCUGGCAGGGUCCCGGCUGGUGGAUGACCCCGAGGCACUGCCGACGAUCGGUCCUUCAUUGUCAAUGAUGAAGAGGAGAAGCGACGGUGGCGGUGAGUGGUGGAAGGCAGUAGUGAGGGUGUUGGAGGUGGUAUGGUUCACGGUGGUUUUUGUAGUGGAGUUUGUGCUGAGGACCAUGUGGGUGAGCGAUCAGACGACGCCGGUGAGUGGUGGCGCAGGGGUGGAACUCUGGCCGAGGAAGCUAGCCACGGCGAGAUUUUCGCUGGAGGAUAUGAAGGUGGUCAAGUCGGCAGUCGCUAAUGCGACCAUUAACGAUGUUCUCUUCGGGAUCAUAUCAGUCGGCUUGUUCAAAUACAUCGACCACCAGUCUCCCAAUGCCGUGCGGGAAGGGACUCGAAUAACGGGAGUGGCGGUUGUUAACUUGCGAGAACAACAGGGAUUGCAGGAACUAUCCAAUUUGAUGAAAGGCAACCCGGGACUGAGGUGGGGCAACAAGUUCGGGAUUAUCCUCCUCCCCGUUCACUAUAGCAGAAGCUGUGGCGACCCUCUCGAAUACCUGAGAAAAGCUAAGUCGAUGAUGGACCGGAAGAAGAAAUCCCUGGAGGCUCACUUCUCCUACAAAAUCGGGGAUAUGGCCAUGACUUUUUUAGGAGCACAUGUCGCAAGCCUGCUCAACUACAGGAUCUUCUGCAACACCACGUUCAGCAUCUCGAACGUGUUCGGCCCACGAGAGGAGAUCACGUUUGGGGGGAACCCCAUCACGUACAUAAGGGUGACCACCUCGAGUUUACCCCACGCACUCACGAUGCACGUGGUGAGCUAUGCGGGGAGGGCGGACAUGCAGAUUCUGGUGGCUAAGGACAUCAUCCACGACCCUGAUUUUCUGGCUAAGUGCUUUGAGGAUGCUUUACUCGAAAUGAAAGCAGCAGCUUCUACUGCCUUGAACUCGAAGAAGUAAACAGGGAAACAUUCCUGUGAGGUUAGGAGGGGAAAAUCUGUAUUUUAUUCUUAUAGAUGUGGGAUUAUACACGGGGAUAAAAAGAAUCGAUCCCAUAUAUAUGAUGUUCUAUUGGGAUGAGAAGAACCAUUUUAGGCCAUCGAUCCGAAUUUCGUCUUAUGUCUUACUUGAUUGAUGAAGUUAGUAUGGUGUUGCUCGAGCUCAGGAUCCAUCCACUCUAUGUUGAGCUCCAAGCAAUUGAAAAGACAAAUGAAGAGAACAAAGUCAAUUGUAUGGCAAAUAAAGCUAGGUACACUAAAUUUUAAGAUGAUGGGACAGGUUUAUGUUA